AUGCUCCCAACGAGCAUGUCUCCGACCUCGCUUCAACAACAUCUAUACGCGUCGCUGUUGCAGGGCCAUACGGCAGAUGUCGCGCUUCGCGUGCGCGGUUCAUGGGAUGCCGUGUACAAGUUGCAUCGCGUCGUGCUCAUCCAAUCCGGCUUCUUCCGAUCGAUGUUCACUUCCGGAUUCUCGGAGUCGAAGCACAGGUUCGCGAGUCAUAUCGCAGGGCCAGACCAGGUCGACAUCGUAUUCGACGACCCGAAUAUUACAAGAGCAGCUUUCGAAAUAUGCAUCGCUCGUCUAUACGGCGGCGGCCCCACACUCCACGUCUCGCCUGCCCUGGUACCGACCCCGGCAUACCCACUCACGACCGCCUUUCCCUAUGCGUUGCCUCCCGAUACAUCAACAGACGCCCCUGAGGGCGAACAUCCCGCCACGCCCCGCUUCCUGCUCUCCCUCCUCGCAACGGCUGUCUAUCUCUCCAUCCCCUCCGUCGCCGCGCAAGCACUAGGAGCCAUCAUGAGUUCAAUGGGCCCGCACACCGUCGUGCGCUACCUCAACUUCGCCAUCGGCCGCGGAAUCGGCGCACCCGGCGAGCAAGAUCACGAACCAGAAGCGGCCGUCGGCCUCGAGCACGUCGCCCACACCAUCUCGGAAUCGCAAACGCCGGGCAUCGCCUCACCCGCGCUCAAAUCGGAAGACGACGGGUUCGAGCACGCCGACCUGGCGGACGAUCUCGGCCACCUCAGCCUCGACCACGAGAAGAUCAAGAAGGAGGACCCUUCCUCCUCUGACGCGCUCUCCGUCGCGUCCGAGGACAGCCAAGAGGAGACAGCAGACGAGCGUGCGUUCGAUUACGGUGCGGUGGGCACUAAGAUCGGCGAGGCCGCCGCAUGCUGGCUGGCGCGGUGGGGCCGGGACGUGCUCACGUACGAGCUGUCCGUUUCCCCUUCGCCCUCUUCGUCUUCUGCUACGUCGCAGAUAGCGUCAUCGAGCGAUCACUCUGCCGCCGGUCCGUCUCGUCCGCGCUCGUAUACGCUCCCUACCACUCCUGCCCUCUCGUCAUUGUCCCCGGUACAAUCGGACCCUGAAGGCAGGACACUAGAUGUGCCCCGGAUAUGGAGACGUGGCGGGCUGACUGCGAAGUGGGCCAGCGCGGUGUUGGCGUCGGAUAUGUUAUUCGUUCGGGACGAGAAGGAGCGGUACGAGAUGGCGAAGGAAAUCGUCGAACUGCGGAGGAGGGAAGGCAUCGACGAGGGCGAGGAGAAAGAGUGGGAGAACAUGUUCGCGGACGGAAUAUACUAUUGCAACAUGAUGAUGGAGGAUCUCAUCGCCAUAUCACACGAACUUUCGCCUGCGACGCAUAAACCUUAUAUAUCGCCCUCGCUCAUCCACGCCGCGCACUGGACCCAGUCCCUCCUUCGGCACCACAUUACCGCCCCCUCGUCCUUCUCGCCCUCCUCUUCUUACUCUUCCUCGCCGGCCUCUCCACCUCCACGAGACAAGGAACUUGGACUGCAACUCACGACCGCCGACGUUCUAGCCAAGAUCGCCUCGCCGGAAAUCCGGGACUCAACUCGCAGCGAAGCAUACUACGCCGUCGCGGGCGAUGCGUCUCAGCGUAUCGGGGACAGCACAGGACUCGAGGGCGCCACCAUCGAAGAGCUGCUCGAUCCUCCAUCCGUCUCUAGCACUCAGAGCUCGAGCAAACGUGCCGUGCACGCUGUCACGUCCGAGGCGACCUUUUUCGGCCUCGCACCCUCCCGCUUCCAUCUAUCUCCCACCUCCUCUCCUUCUAUAUCUCCUCCCCCGUCAGGCCGCUGGACCCGCUUCCCACCCUGCCGCUUUGCCGUCGAGUUCUGGGACGUGGACGCGCUGAAGGAGAAGUCGCGCCUGCACUCGCGCACUGUCUUUUACGCCGGUAGCCUCUGGAACGUGUACGUCCAGGUCGUGCGCAAAAAGGACACCGCUUCCACAAGCAAUCGUGGUGGCAAGGGCACGGUGCAGCUCGGCGUGUACCUCCACCGGCAGUCGACCGUCGACCCUGUGCCAGCCGCAUCUGCCCCCGCGACAAGUGUUGCACCAGCCCCUACACCCGCACACACGUCUUCACGAGCCGAGCACCAGACGCACAGCAGGGACCGCGGCGGAUCGAUGCCCGCGCUCACGCCCAGCAUCUCCCUCCCCGCGCCUCGCCCGAGCGGGCUCGCGACGCUCCUCCACCCCUCCCGCAGCUCAACGCCCGCGCCGCCCCCGACCCCGACCGCCCAACAACGCAGCACGACGCCGGUCUCGAGCCCCACCCGCGCGCACUUCGUCGGCUCGCUCCCGUCCUCGCUCCCUUCUCCCACCGCCUCCGGAUCCGGACUGCGCCACACGAACACGAGCGUCGCCUACGCGCCCGCGCUCCCGGUGACGGCGCCCUCGCCCGCCCCGCCGCAGCCGUACCGCGACCCGCGCCCGAGCGUCGCGGCCUACUUCAGCAUCGCGUGCGCGAGCGCGACGGGCGCGGCGCUCACGCGGUUCACGAGCGCGCCGGACGUGUUCUCGGUCAGCCAGAGCUGGGGGUGGAAGAGCAGCUCGCUCAGGACGGAGGAGUACAUCGAGCUCGGCGAGGGCGAGAUGCCGGUGCCGGCGGGGAGGGAAGCGUCCUUGAGGGCGACGGUCGUGUUGGGCGUCGUCUGAUACGCAUUCCUUUGUGUGCGAGGUAUUGCCGAUGUGCUAUAUAACUGUGAAGUAUGACUUGUUUGGUUCGUUUGGAGGAUGACUGGUGUAUUCAAUGUAUGUAUUUAGUUCAUGGAUAGCAUAACAUUUCCUUCGUAAUUCACUCAGCCCAUCGUGCGCGUUUCAUCGAUGAUGGAUGGCUCUCGCAGCAUAUGCAGCAUAUGGUUCAGCGCAAGUCCGGAGCUAAUGAAAUGCGAGAUGGAGCGCCGUGGCUCUCACAAGGAGGCAUUGGAUACGUACGUACGCUUCCGGAUGCCGAGUUGCGCGCAAGGAACGACGCAGUCUCCGCCUGAGAAGAAGCACUGCCGUCAAGCUGCCUACUUACAGUGACCAAACGCGAGGGAUCAAUCCUCUCGCUCCUUCAUGUCUAUGCCUAUGAUCCGAAGCUGAGCCCACGAUCCGUUGACCUUCUUGCCUUCUACGUCGAAGCGUUGAAAACGUGCGUCAUGGUCUUGGUACACUACUACCCCGCCAGGAAACUUUGUAUUUUCCUCCGUUGCGAGUUCCGCGACGUUCUCCAGUGCCGAUUCCAGGUCCGUCGCCUCAAGGGCCAUCCUCUGGAGCUCGUUCAAGCUAUAGAUCAUCCAGUGGUCAUAGUCGGCGGUGAAGGAAGUCACAGGCUCCCAGGUGGCCGUCUCGAGGGUGUCCUUGCCGAUGUCCGUGUUUCGCAUGGCGGCUCUGACUACGUCUCGCUUCUGUGGUUUGCUGACAUGACGGAUCUCUUCUUCAUCUUCGUCCUCGCUAUCGUCGUUCAUAUACUCUUCGAUGAUCUCGCAUUCGUUUAGGCAGGUCACCAGCCAUGGACCAGGGGCCAGAUCCUCUAUGGUGCUCUUCAGCCCCCAGCAUUCAAGGUCCAUAAGAUCGAGCUCCCCCGCCACUAGACAGUCGCUCUUGGUUAUCUCGACAAUCAAGGGCUUCCUGGGCCAGUCAUUCAGAAGUUUGACUCGCUUCCAGAACGCUUUGACCCAGUCUUUGUCGGCUUUCCCAAUGUACGAGCGCUCGUCGCCACGAUAAUCCCAGCGUUCCUCCGCCCUGCGCGAUCUCGUCUCCCUGUCGACGGCGAUGCUGACCGGCCCGAUCCACUCGCACCGCACGAUUUUGGGGUUGGAAGCAUGGGUAUCGGUCGUCGAUUCGGACUUGGCGUCGACGUCAGACGUUGCAGUGGACAAGUCGACGACGAAUUCGUCGUUGGUGGGUGUGACACAGUAUAGCAUGCGUGUCGUUGGCUCGAAGCCCCAUGCCAUGCCGAGUCUAUCGCUUGCCAGUAACGCGUGCGUAGACUUGAUGGAGGGUUCCUUGGUGUCGGUGAUCGCCGCUUCCGCGGUCGCCGCGAGAGGGCGCGUGGAGAUCUGGACGUAUCGGCCAAGGAGGGAUGUGCGGAUCUCUCUGGUGGUGAGCCCCACGGGCGAUCGCUUGUCGGAGGCCUCGACAUAGUCCCCCUGUGCGCGGAGGGAAACGGGGACAUAGCCCCAGGAUGUCUCACUCGCCAGAAGUAUGAGGUGGGAAGGUAUGAGCGACGGGACCGUGGUGGUGGGCAGAAUGGUGCUACCCAAUCCAGGAAGGGCCAGCGUUGACACAGAACGCCAUUCGUAAGCGAUCCCUGUCGAUCUGUAUUCUGAACUAGAUUGUCCGAAGCCCGGAGGUAUAGACGGAGCGAUCCAGUGUGCUGGGGUGGAACACGAGGGAGGGAGCUGUCGAUCCCACGGAGAGAUCGCGAUGGGACCUUUGUCGUGCUCCGGAUUCGCGGAGUCGUCGCGAACGUAGCUAAGGGUGGGUAUUCCCCCAAAGAGAUCGACGACUUGCUGGACGGUGUACUUGGACGCGUCGCUGAAUGGAAUACGGGUUGUAGCGUUCUCCUGUCCCUCGUCAGCCCUGGACGGAGUCGCAGAGGCUGACUCGGACUGAUAGACAAUAUCGAAGUUGAGCGCGGGUCUGAAGGGGUGACGAUGUCUCUUGUUCGCCUGGACACGGAAGCGCUGAAACGCGAGGUCGAAGGUCUCCUGCGCGGAUGCGACAACCGUCCCAGCGGGCCACGUCUCCGUCCCUUCUCCACAAAGUUUUGCACUGGCAUCCUCGAACGUCAAGAUGGUACGGGUAUCGUCACCCUGACUGUCCUCGACGCCCGACCACCAGCCCGCUUGUAACCCCGCAACAUGUUCCUUCAGCUUCGCGUAUGAAUCUACAUCGGGUACAAUCGCCAUUAGAGUAGACUGAGGCCGAGUUCACGGUUAUGUUUAGUCGGGAGGAAGCUAGCUGUUGGACCCCGAUGGUGAAAUUUGGGAACGCGGGUCAUUCGUUCGAAAUUUACGUGUAACGCAGCCGAGAUUGUCGCCGGUUUCUCCGAGGGGAUGACCAUGGUAGAUAAAUUGCACAAAUCGCCGGUGAGAACGUAGCAAGGUGAGCGUCCCUCGGU